AUGUCUCGUAAUAGAAGUUUAUCAAAUACAUCAGCCGGCAGUCCACCUCCUGCUUUGUUAUCCCGAGGAUUUGCUAGUCUUCGACGUGCUCAUAGACGCUUAUCUAAUUCGUCCCCAUCGUCUCCUUCAGCUUCACCAGAGCAUUCUACUACCACAAAUAAUAAUACCCUAGAAUCUGUGAAUACAAAUACCGAUUCUUCUCGAGGAGCAGCAGCAACAAGUGAAAAUCGUACAAACCGAGUCUCUGCUGAGUCCGAUUCUAACAUGAGACUUCCUCGUCUUAGGCUUGUUCCAAAUGUUGGAUUAUCGAGUAGAAGCUUUGUAUUCGAUAUCAUUGAUAGAGAACUUGAGCCAAAUGUCAUUUAUCGUAUUGGACGUUUUUCUGAUCGAAAUGUACUUUCCGACAGAUUAUCAUUUAAAAGUAAAGUAGUAAGCCGUAAUCAUGCUGAACUCUGGACUGAACAAGGAAAGGUUUAUAUUCGUGAUAUUGGAUCAUCAAGUGGGACAUUUUUAAAUCGAAUUAGACUCAGUCCACCUAGUCAUGCUAGUGCACCUCAUGAACUAAGAGAUGGUGAUACUCUUCAGUUAGGUGUUGACUACCAGGGUGGCUUGGAGCCCAUCUAUCGAGCAGUACGUAUUCGUGUAGAAAUCAAUCGACAGAUACAAACUGCAAAUAGUCCUUUUACACGUGCUGCUUUUCAACAACUACGUAAAAUGGUAAGCCGUCUUCCCUCUGACCUCACACGAGCUGAUAUCCAAGAGUGUUGUAUCUGUCUUUAUGCUAUUGCUCCCUUUCAAGCUUUGUUUAUCGCACCAUGUUCUCAUAUGUUCCAUUUUAAAUGCUUAAGACCUAUUGUCUUUCAAAAUUAUCCAGGAUUUUCAUGUCCACUGUGUCGUAGUUAUUUCGAUUUAGAAGCAAGUGUAGCGGUUGAAGUGGAUGAUGUUUUAGAA